UAAAGUGGAAAGAUAACAGAAUAAUAGGUCCCUGGGGCCCCUAAAAGUCUUGCGUCCAAUUGACAAUCAAUUAAAUUACUUUACACUCAUAACAAUAAUUGCUGUAACAGACCGAAAAAAAAAAGAAAAAAGAAACACCCCUCUCUUUUCCAUUCGGAAUAUGACUUAUUCUUCUUCGUCAUUCCUGCCCUCAUAAUAAUAAUAAUAUAUCCUUUCAUAUCCCCUAUCACAACCAAUAUGUCCAAGGCAGGUAACAGACGUAAUAAGUUCGCUGAGCUUCGAGCUUUGCGGGCUUCUGGCAAAAAGGCCUACGACUCUUACGAAGUUGAACAAGAACAAGACCUAUACGAGGAGGUUGACGAAAAUCAAUACAAAAAGAUUGUCCGCGAUCGUCUGAACCAAGAUGACUUCGUCGUCGACGACAAUGGCGAGGGUUACGCUGACGAUGGUCGAGAGGAGUGGGAUCGAGUGCACACAUAUGAGUCGGAGAGUGAUGGUGAAGUCCCUCUCGGAGGGAGACCUCGAAAAUCAGACAAGAAGAAACGGGACGAAGAAAAGGCCAAACGAGAUGCGAAUGACCACAAUAUUAGCGAGUAUUUCAUGAAGGGGCAAGCUACUGCUCAACAGAAACAAAAACCCAAGGCCGUGAAAACCGAAGACGACGACAGGUUUCUGGCGGAUCUACUUGGCGAAGUAGAUGCUAACGUCCCUGCCCCAGUAUCGAGAGCCCCGAAACGACACAGAUCUCCGGAACGACGCCGGGCUCGUGUCCUGUCACCCGUUCGAGAGACGCGCCAGCCAGUUACCAAGAAAGCGAGACUUAGCGAGGAGCCUUUGCUACCGACACCAAAAGUAGAAGAUAAUUAUAUGGACGAUGACGACACAUUUCUGCCAGCAGCUAUGGACGACGACGAUGACGAUCUACUACCCUCAGCUUCUGACCUGCCUAUUAUGAGUGACACAGCUCCGGCUCCCUCGUCCCCUACGACGAGAGUCCAAGCUCGCAAACCCCUAUCCAAAACAAAGCCUGCGGAAGAUGAGGAUGAAGAGAUGUUGGAAGUUGGUCAUGCCGGUGCGGUCAACGCCGCAAGUGUAAAUUUGUCUGCCUCUAGACCUAUCAAAAAGCUGGCCAAGCCCGAGCCGUACCCUUCGCCUGCCAGCUCCUCUCCAACAAAAGCCCUCGAAGCUGCAGUUGAUUCGUCGUCAUGGAAUAAUAUCACCAAUAGGCUGAACGUUGUCAGUAGCUCUCCUACCUCGAGCCCUUCCAUCGGCAAAAUCGACUAUAAAGAUGCCAUCGAAGAAGAUGGCAGUCUCAACAUGUUCUGGACAGACUACACAGAGGUCAAUGGAUCACUUUGCUUAUUCGGAAAAGUGUUGGACAAGAAAACGAAUACGUACGUGAGUUGCUUUGUCAAGAUAGACAACAUUUUGAGAAAGCUCUAUUUUCUGCCUCGCCAGUACCGCCAGAAAAACGGAGAGGAUACGAGUGAAGAAGUAAGCAUGAUGGACGUCUACGUGGAACUAGACAAUAUCAUGACGAAGAUGAAAGUCGACAUGCAUAAGAUUAAGCCCUGCACUAGGAAAUAUGCCUUUGAGCUUCCGGAUAUUCCCAAAGAAGGACAGUAUCUGAAGCUUUUAUACCCUUACACAAAACCACAAAUUGCCCCCGAGAUCAAGGGCGAGACCUUCUCCCAUGUUUUCGGAACCAACACCGCCCUCUUCGAGCAGUUUGUGUUGUGGAAGAAUAUUAUGGGCCCGUGUUGGCUGAAGAUUAAGGAUGCUGACUUCGGUACUCUGAAGAAUAUGUCCCAUGCCAAACUUGAAGUCGCUGUCCAUGAUCCUGACACAGUGUCUUCUAUGAGUGAUUCGGAUAACUUGGAUGCACCUCCUCUCACACUUAUGAGCAUUGCUAUGCGGACUACCUUUAACCGGAAAGCUAACAAGCAGGAAAUACUUGCAAUAAGCGCCCGCAUAUAUGAAAAUGUACUGCUGAGCGAUACUACACCGGCAGAGAAACUUCCUUCAAGGACAUUCACACUCAUGAGGCCAAAUGGAUCCAAUUUCCCACUCGGCUUUGAAAAGCUAGCCGAGGAGAGGAAGAAGUCACCCACCAAAUUGGUAAAGCAGGAGUCCGAAAUACUGUCACUCUUCCUAGCACAGAUCGGUCUUAUCGACCCUGAUGUAAUUCUCGGUCAUCAGCUUGAAGGUGUCGACUAUAGCAUCCUAGUCAACCGACUACACGAAAAGAAGACCCCGCAAUGGUCACGACUAGGACGAUUACGCAGAGCACAGUGGCCAGUGUCCAUUGGAAAAUAUGGUGGAAAUGUGUUUGCAGAGCGUCAACUCAUGGCUGGCCGUCUCCUAUGUGAUCUUUUCAAUGACGCCGGAAAGUCUGCCAUGUACAAAUGCAACACCUGGAGUUUGACAGAGAUGUGCACUCUCUAUCUGGGCAAAGACAGCCAUAGGCGUGACUUCGAUAAUGACUUGGCUCUCCAGACAUGGGCCACAGACAAGACCGGUCUCAUGGAUUAUAUUACGCACAUGGAAGCCGAUACCUAUUUCAUUGCCGCAUUGGCUUUGAGCACUCAGAUGUUACCUUUGACGAAGGUGUUGACAAACCUAGCGGGUAAUUCAUGGGCACGAACUUUGACGGGUACUCGAGCCGAACGAAAUGAAUACAUUUUGCUGCACGAAUUCCACCGAAAUAAGUACAUUUGUCCUGAUAAGCAAGCCUUCAAAGGGCAAGUUAAGGCGGAAGAAGAAAACAACGAUGAAGAUGCCGCCAAUAGCAAGAAGAAGGAUAAGUAUAAGGGCGGUCUAGUCUUUGAACCGGAAAGGGGGUUAUACGAUAAAUUCGUGCUUGUCAUGGAUUUCAACUCCCUUUAUCCGUCAAUUAUUCAAGAGUUCAACAUCUGCUUCACCACCGUCGAUCGGAGUGCAUUAUCGGACGAUGAAGAUAUGGUACCAGAAGUCCCGGCUCAACAAGACCAAGGUAUACUCCCUAGGCUCAUUGCCACAUUGGUUAGCCGGCGACGGUCAGUCAAAUCGCUCAUGAAGGAUAAAAAUGCCACGUCCGAACAGCUUGCCACGUGGGAAAUUAAGCAGCUUGCUUUGAAGCUGACAGCGAACUCCAUGUACGGUUGUCUGGGGUAUACCAAAUCUCGUUUUUAUGCAAGACCCCUUGCCGUUCUCACAACCUACAAAGGUCGGGAAAUUCUCCGCAGCACCAAGGAAUUGGCAGAGUCCAAGGCCCUCCAAGUCAUUUACGGUGAUACCGAUUCAGUCAUGAUAAAUGCCAAUGUGGAUUCGGUUUCAGAGGCACUCAAAGUCGGCCAGGAGUUCAAGAAAGCCGUCAAUGAACGAUACCGCCUACUCGAGAUCGAUAUCGACAAUGUCUUCCGACGUAUAUUGCUACAGUCCAAGAAGAAGUAUGCAGCUAUCAACUUGGUAGAGGUACCUGGCGGCAAGUACAUCGAGAAGAUGGAAGUCAAGGGUCUCGAUAUGAAGCGUAGAGAAUAUUGUGGUUUGGCAAAGGAUAUCUCCUCUCGCAUCCUCAAUGAGAUUCUCUCGGGCAACGACACAGAAGUUUCGGUUCAGCGCAUACACGAAUAUCUUCGCGAGAUUGCAGGGAAGAUGAGGGAACACAGUAUUCCUGUUCAGAAAUACAUCAUCUACACGCAACUAGGCAAGGCACCGAAGGAUUACCCGAACGCGGACUCUAUGCCGCAGGUUCAGGUUGCUCUUCGAGAGAUGGCACGUGGUAAGACUGUCCGUCGCGGAGACGUGAUCGCGUACUUGGUCACGGGUGACAGCAAGACAAGUUCGGAGCCUGUUGCCAAACGUUCGUAUACGCUGGAAGAUGUGACCAAGGCCAACUCGGAUCUCAAAGUGGAUGUCGAGUGGUAUAUGGGCAAGCAGAUCUUCCCGCCUGUUGAGCGUCUAUGCGCCAACAUCGCCGGAACAUCUACCACACAGCUUGCGGAACAACUCGGUCUCGAUCUACGCCGCUACACCAACAACUCCAGCUUCAACCAGUCGGGGUCUAACGAACUCGAAUUACAUCCACUAGAAUCUCAAACUCCUGACGAGAUCCGGUUCCGCGAUUGUGCGCGUCUCUCUCUGCGUUGCCGCAAGUGCAAGACUUCCGCACUUUUUGAGGGGCUUCUCCCAUCAGCGCAACCCGAUAAUCGGGUUACACCUCAGGGGGUCGUGUGUCCAUCGUGCUCGGCGCUGAUACCCAAUCUCAGCAUCGUGGCGCAGGUAGAACGUGCCAUCCGUACCGAGACGGCGCGGUACUACGAAGGCUGGCUCGUGUGCGACGACGCGUCGUGUGGCAACCGCACGCGGCAGAUGUCAGUAUACGGCACGCGGUGCCUCGGCCCCAAGGGCCUGGCCAAGGACUGUCUCGGCCGCAUGCGCUACGAGUACAGCGAGCGCGGCAUCUACAACCAGCUCCUAUACUUUGCCUCGCUCUGGGACGUAAAAAAGGCUCGCGAAAAGGCCCUGUCAGGCGCCACCGGCCUCGGCGGCAAAGGCAACGGCGGCAGCCUUGACAGCACCGAGAAGGACACUGUCCUCGCGCUCGCCGCGCACAACUCCACCCGCUUCGACACCGUCAAGGCCGUCGUCGAUGGCCACCUCAAUAAAUGCGGCCACCAGUGGGUCGCUAUGGAUACACUGUUCCAGAAAAUUGGGCUCGCUCCUGCGUAAGUAAGCGAACGAGCGUUAUCGCCGUCUCUUCUUUUGGUGGUUGUGAGGUGAAUUCUAUGGGCAGGCAAAGGGGAGAUAGGGAGAGGGAGAUGGGGAAUCGGGCAAAGGGGAGUAGGGAGAAUAGCUAGCAUGACGAA